AUGGGCCGCGCGACCCUCUGUGGAAGCCCGGGAGGCAGUCCGCAGGCCGCACACGCCUGCGGCCGACGCGCAGGCCCCUCGCUCCCGCGAGCGCAUUCCGGGCUGAGGCCUGGCCCAUCACCGCGGCGCGCAGCCUGGGCCCGGACGUCGGACGCCCCCAGCCUUGGCCUGAAGGGCCGAGAACAACAGGAUGGCUCUACCCCGGCCGAGCCGCCGCCUCACCCGCAAGGACGUCCGCGACCGUGUCCCCGCCCCGGGCCAAACAGCGAGCAGCAGCAGGUGUUCCUCGGGAGGCUAGGACGGCGGCGGGGGACCGGCGGCGCACUCACCGAGCCCCGGCUAGUGGGCUGCAGCAGGUGCUCGCUCUUCCGGGCCGCAAGACUCCGUCGCCUCUCCCCGGGGACUCGGAGCAAAGCUGCCGCUGCCGCGCCGCCGCCGCCACCGCCGCCGCCGAGCCCAAGGAGCGCGAGCGCCGCACCGCAGCCUCAGCGCGAGCACCAACCCCCUGACACACGAGUGCUGCAGCCAAUCCCGCGGCCACCUCCGUACGGCGCCGACCGACAGUCCCCGCGACGCCCGCUUCUGCCUGCGUCGGUCGCCCCGCAGAGCGCCGCACCCGCGCAAAGGCUCCGCCCCCGCCCGCGCCAGCGUCGCUCUGCCUAUUGGCCCGCCACGCCCCCACCCGAAAAGACACGCCCCAUCCUGGAAAUCCCGCCCCGCGGCGAGCCAAGUCCGCCCCUAGAACACACCCCAAGCAGUCCGUGUCUCGGGGAGCUCUCAGAGCUGGGAGCGGGGGAGGGGCGCCGCGCCCAACCUCAGGCAUUUGAGCCGCUGAGAAUCAUCCAACCUACCCUGGUGGUCAGGCUUAAUGACUGGCCCUGCCGCAACUGGCCAUCCAUAGACUGCCUUUGGCCCUGCUGAUUUCUCUCUAACGCAGAUCAGGUACUUCUAAGCCAAGAAAACACUCAGGAAGCGUCCUCUAAAUUGCAAACGAUGAUGGCCCGGUUGCCCGCCUCCUAUACUAAUGAGGAAACUGAGGCAAGGGCCGGAAGGGCAGGGAGCCGCGCCCCUCUCCGGGUGCCCCCAGCAGGCGGGGGCGUCCAGGAAGUGGCUCGGGCCUGACCCUCGUCCCCUCCUCCUGCCCUCAACACCCGGAAUCUGAUGCUCCUCAGGCGCCAGAAAUAGCUCUGACCCGCUGGCUCUGGUCACUCGCUCAAGGCCCGCAUUCUUUCAGGGGGUGGGAGGAAGAAACGCGGGUAGUUACUGCUGAGGUCUGUCUCCCUUCAAGGGGAGGCUCCUGCAGACGCUCUCACUGUCCCUAGGGCUUACCUAGCCACCCCCCCACACCUCAAAGGCCUCAGACGCGUCAGUUACUAGACCUGAACAAUUACUCGACGGGUCGGGGUAUGGGACCUGUGGUGGACUCUGUUCCCUGUGCAGAAUGUGUCCAUCCCUUCCUGGGCCUGUGGCCAGGCUGGAAUUCCAGGUCCGCACUCUUGUCAGCUAUUACAUUCUGAACGCAGAAUUGGCUACUGCCUGCCAGAGGUUGCUCGUGGGAUCCUGGUGGAACUGGGUUUCCCCUACUUUCUUCCUCUCCUUAGGAAAGACUGGGAGAAGCAGACUCCAGAGAGAGAAAAAAUGAAUGCCCCAGAAGUUCCCCUUUAGGCUCAGCAGAAACGAAUCCAACUAGUGAAUCCAACUAGUAUCCGUGAGGAUGCAGGUUCUAUCAGUGAGUCUGCUAUCCUGCUUUACUGUGAGCCGUGUUGUAGGUCACAGGCAAAGCUCAGAUCCGGUAUUGCUGUGGCUGUGGCGUAGGCUGACAGCUGUAGCUCUGAUUUGAUCCCUAGCCUAGGAACUUCCAUAUGCCACCAGUGCGGCCCUAAAAAGCAAAAAAA